GGCAUAUUCUAAGAAAUGUCUUCUGAUUUUGUAGGAGAAAGAACAAUGAAUCCGGAGACUCAAUCAUCGUUAUCGCAAUUAGAAUCUAACAACAGUAAUCACCUCGUAGAGUCUACCACUCAACAACCAAAGAAAAAAAGACAAGGUCCCUUUCGAGGUCCAAGCAGAGCACUUAAAUAUAAAAAGUUGAGAAGUGUGCAACCAGGAAAGGUCAAAGUUCGUAUUCCAGCAGCUUUGGGAGCUAUUGUGGGCGAUCGUGCAAAUCAAUUUGUGGCCGAAUGUGCUGAUUGGGUGAAAGAAAUAUGCCCUCUUAAUGUUACAAGUUGGAAUGACAUGCCUGAAGAAGCAACAGAUCGAUUGUAUAGUAGGAUUAAGGCUAAGUAUGACUUCAGUGAAGCUGACGGUACACACAUUGAUAAAGCAUUAAGGAUUCAAUGUUCUACCCUUUACAGACAUCGGAGAGAAAGGCUGAAGGCGGCCUAUUUUUCAAAGAGCAGAAAUUUGAAAGAGGUGGAGCGUGCCUGCCCAGCAACAAUUGAUCUUGCUCAAUGGAGGUGGCUUAUAUAUAGCUAUUGGAACCUUCCUAAACAGAGGGAAAGAAGUGAAAAGAAUAGGGCGAAUGCUCUUUCAAAGAAGAUCCGGUCAGCUUGUGGUGCCAAAUCAAUAGCUAGGACAAUUUAUGAAUUGGAACUUGAGGCAGAGGCAGGUAGUAAUGAGCGUGAAGAGGAGAACGAGGCCACAAAUGCAUCUAGUUCAAAUGCAACUACAUCAACAACACAAGCUAAUGGCGACCCUAUGUAUUUGAAGCUAUGGGAGAAGACAAAGAGGCACAAAAAUGGAAAGUUUGAUGACGAGGCUGAAAUUAAGUACAACGAGUUUAAAAAGUUGCAUGAGAAAGAAGUUGGAGAGACAGGUGCAGACAAUGUUUCCGUAGAUGUGGCCUAUGAAAAAGUUCUUGGAUAUCGUUCAGGUUAUGCACGGGGGUUAGGUAAAGGUCACCCGGUGUUGUCCAAGGACGAGAAGAAAGGAAGGGCUGAGUUGGAAGUAACUGUAGUGCAACUCCAGAAUGAGAACAACACGAUGCGAGCUGAAUUUGAGCAUCAUAAAGCUGAAACUUUGAGAAAGGAAAAUGAAGCUAAGAAGAAACAAGAAGAACUGGAACAGAAGCUUAAGUUAAUCAUGGAGAAAAUUGGCCUUGAAUCCUUGACAUAAAGAGGUUCAAAUUCUUUAUGCCUGUAAGCUGACAUUGUUAUGCUGCCUGUAAGAUGUUAACAAGAUAGCCAAGGAUCAGAGAAAGAAGGGAGUCUAGCCUAAGACACCAAGUCUUGUCUUGUGAAACUAUAUACUCCAUUACUCCGUACUUUACUUCUCAUGCAAAAUGCUUGUGACAGUAGUAUAUUAUAAACUUUACAGUUCACAGUGUCGUUUUCUUGAUCAAAUAUUUUAUAUUUUGUUUGGACAAGUUGAUUUGAAUCCUUCAUCCAUCAAAUUUGUAAUAUACGCCUGAGCUUAGG